ACUGCUUAAGAAUAGAGAUGUCCUUUAUUCUUUAUUGUCCCACAGUUUAAUGCGUGUCUUUACAGCAAAGUGUCCUACAUUGCUCACUAGCACAACUUCAGAGAGAAGAUUGUACAAGCUAUUAUUCAAUUUCCUGAGCAAAUAAACUGGACUACUUUCCCCGUUCUGUAUUACUGUCAGAAUUCCAGAUCCCCAGCUCCACGGUGAUCCGGUUUCAGAUUGCAUGUUGCCUGUUCCAGGUUUCCAUGGUCGCCAGAAUUUUAUUUAGCUAUUAAGCUGAACAUAACCUGUGUGUUUUGUUCCACUGAAAGCAUUCAGUAGUGACAUUUCAAACUGUGCCAAAAUGGUGAAAGGAGGAAAACGCUACUAUGGUAUGGAGAAGGACGGCCAGUGGUUUGUCCAUCCACACGGUUCAAAGUUAACAUCUCGUGAAGUCUGUACAACCACUGGAGCUAUGCUGAGUGAGGCUAAGACAUUGUUGCCUGAGGAUCGGCAUGUGAAGCGCUAUCCUAAAUGGAAAAUUGACCAGCGAUCCAGGGAGGAUUAUCCAUUAUCAUGUCAUGACAAUAAGAACACCUUAAAAAGUAGCAUCACAAUCUUCUCUAAUGGUGUGGGGCGAAGAAAAUACCCCGAUGAUCAUAUUCAGACCACAACUCAGAUCAGUUUGGCCCACGAAUCAGCUGAAGAGCCUACAUCUAGGUUUUUUGCAAUUCAACCUGACUUUACUUCAGUGGAGGUCUUGAGUGUACCGACCAAGAACAGGAGGUUCCCUCAAAACCACAAACUGAGGUCAGAAAGGGCCUUUGAUGAGACAAGGGAGCAGUUAAUGUGGUUUGGACAAGUCCCAGAUAGUCUGGAUGUGCUGGCAACUUCCAACCUGUCGACCCCUUCAGAGUCCUCACUCAUUUAAGUCACGGACAGACGUACAAUAAGAACAUUUGGGUGGCUGGAAUAAAAGAUUCAAUGAGUUUUAGUUUGAGGACAUGCAGACCUUGGUAAUAAGUGUUGGUUCAAUAACAAAACUUCAGAUGAUAAUAAAGAAAAAGAAUAUG